GAGAGAGAGAGAGAGAGAGAGAGAGAGAGAGAGAGAGAGAGAGAGACUUUGUCCUGUUUAGCAGCAUAUAAAGUAGGAUCAUGCACGCGCCACUGCGCGCCUUUGUUUGGCUCUGUGUGCUCGGGUCUGGUUCUGGUUCUGGUUCCGGUUCCGGUCCUGUGUUGAACUCCUCGGUAACCGGGGCGCACGUUUUCCCGGUGCUCACCGUUAACUAUGAGCGCGUGCGGAUACCGUUUGAAGUGUGUCUGUGGAUCCUCCUGGCGUCCUUACUGAAACUCGGGUUCCACUUGAUUCCUGGGUUGUCCCGGUUUGUCUCUGAGAGUUGUGUGCUGAUCAUGGUUGGUCUUAUGGUAGGAGCUCUCAUCAAGCUCUCGGGUGAAACACUUCCUGUUUUGGAUACUGAGAUCUUUUUCCUGUGUCUCCUUCCCCCUAUCAUCCUGGAUGCUGGUUAUUUCUUGCCUCUGCGCCCCUUCUGUGAGAACAUAGGCUCCAUCUUGGCACUGGCUGUGCUGGGAACACUCUGGAACUCUGUCUUCGUUGGGUUGGUCUUAUAUGGAGUAUGUAAGAUGAUAGAGGGUCAGAUGGGCGAAGUUGACCUACUUUCCUGCCUUCUGUUUGGUUCCAUAUCCUCUGCCGUGGAUCCAGUUGCUGUUCUUGCUGUCUUUGAAGAAAUUCACAUUAAUGAGCUUCUUCACAUUCUGGUGUUUGGAGAGUCACUGCUGAAUGAUGCGGUUACUGUGGUAUUGUAUCACCUGUUUGAGGAGUUUGCUGCCAGAGGCCGAGUGGAGUUCAGUGAUUCAUUAUUGGGUGUACUGAGCUUCCUGGUGGUGGCAGUGGGGGGUAUCAUGGUGGGCAUGGUUUAUGGAAUUAUGGCCGCUGUCACCUCUCGUUUCACCUUAUGCUCACGUGUCAUCGAGCCACUCUUCGUCUUCCUGUACAGCUACCUGGCAUACCUGUCAGCUGAGGUGUUCCACCUGUCUGGCAUCAUGGCUCUCAUUGCAUGUGGAGUGGUAAUGAGGCCUUAUGUGGAGGCCAACAUUUCCCACAAGUCUUACACCACAAUAAAGUACUUCUUAAAGAUGUGGAGCAGUGUGAGUGAGACUCUCAUCUUCAUCUUCCUCGGCGUUUCCACGGUAGCAGGACCACAUCACUGGAACUUUAUCUUCAUCAUCUUUACCCUCAUCCUCUGCCUCAUCUCACGUGUACUGGGAGUGGUGGGACUGAGCUUCAUCAUGAAUAAAUUCCGCAUGGUGAAGUUAACAGGUAAAGAUCAGUUUAUUGUGGCCUACGGUGGACUGCGAGGAGCCAUUGCAUUUUCUCUGGCCUUUCUGCUCUCCAGUGAACAUUUCCCUAUGAAGAACAUGUUCCUCACUUCCAUAAUCACGCUCAUCUUCUUCACAGUCUUCAUUCAGGGAAUGACGAUUCGGCCGUUGGUGGAGCUUCUGGCAGUGAAGAAGAAAAGCCACACCAAGUUUACAAUAAAUGAGGAAAUACAUACACAGAUUCUUGACAAUCUGCUGAUGGGAAUGGAGUGUAUCUGUGGUCAUUAUGGACACCUUCACUGGAAGGACAAGCUAAGCCGCUUUAAUAAGCGCUACAUUAGGAAGUGGUUGGUCUCAAGGGAACACUGUGAGGAACCACAGCUCAUUUCUUUCUAUAAUAAACUGGAGAGGAAGCAGGCGCUCCUAGUGGCUGAGUGUGGAACUGCAGCCAGAUUAAAACCAUCACUGCCCUCCACUGCAUCAGUAAUGAGUGUUCAGAGUCAGAGAAAGAACUUGAAGAUCACAAAGCAACAAGAGGAGGCAAUUCGGAAGAUUCUCAGAGCAAACCUGCAGAAACCACAGCAGAGAAUGCGCUCAUACAGUAGACACACACUGCUGCUAGAGGAAGAGGAGGACAAGUGGCGUGAGCUUCAGCUCCAGAAACAGAGAAUACAGAUGGAGCGGAGGAUGAGUCACUGUUUGACUCUUCCAGCUAAAAGGAACUCCCCCGUGAUCAGGAGAGCAAAUGUAAUCUUCACAGAAAACCCAAGCAGUCAUGUGGAAAACGAACCAAGCUCUAGUCCAACAUGCACAGUGACAAUGCUGAACAAAACACAACCGAGACAAGACAGCAUCAAGAACAUCGAAGAUGGAGUGAAUAAAAAACAAACCAUCAAAACAAAAGAUGAAACAGGAAGACUCCCAGACAAGAAAAGGGAAAAGUCUGGAAGCUGAGUGAA